CCUGGUUCAGUCUUGAACUGAUGCAGUUGGAACAUGAGAUUGCACCGCCCAACUUCAUCCAUGCAGAUAUCCACUACGCGCAACUGCUACGCACGUAUUUUGUUACAGCUAGUAACCCACUUCUUCGAGGCUUCAUCGCAUUUCUUUUUCUUGCUUUCCGUGCAAAUGCACUUAGCGGCCUUCUCUUUCCCGGAAUUAUCUAGAGAUUUCUUUCCAGCAACACAGAUCUUGACACGACUUGCGAGUCCAUUGCAAGCGUUUGUAGACUGUUUGUUUUUGUUAUCGUUGAGAAACUUCUCAGCGGCGUCGAUUAUGUCCUUGAUAUUUUUAACUAGAGGCAGGGUGCCAGAUUUUGGAGAGGAUGAUCCACUUUUAGGGGGAUUCUGUAAUCGUGGAGGGGCACUCUUCGGGUUUCCUUGCUUUGGGACUGGUUUUGCUGGUGUGACGACAGUGCCAAGAGGAACAGCUAGUACCGAUGCUACCAGCAGGCCGCAGAAGAGAAUGAGGAGAGAAAACUUCAUAGUUGAUAUUUAAGGAGAUGGUGAGGCAGUAUUAGCGUUGUGUUGACUGCGCGAUCGGGGUUCU